AGGAGAGAACCAUGGUUUCUAACUUUGCAUUCCCUUUCCCAUUUUUCUUUCUUCUUUAAUAAUCUUCCCAUGCCCCUUCUUUUUCUCUUCCCUUCCCUCCCCUCUUUCCUUGUCCCUUCCCUUCUGUUAUUAAUUGUGAACACGAUUUGCCUUCAGCGAAUCAAUACAGUCCACUAUACUAGCAUUCAGGACAAGGGGCUGCAGUGAAUACAGCAGUUGAACCUCUCUAGUCCGACACCCUCAGGACCUGACUGAUGCUGGACCUGACUGAUGCUGGACCAGAGAAUUUGUGAAACCAUGGGAGAUGUGAAAUGGGUUAGGUCAGAAGACAGCAGAUUCACAAUGGUUGCUGCCUGACCCACAGUUGUUAGAGUUCUUGAUGUCCUUGAUUAUCUCUGCACUGAGUUCUGGUUAACUACUGUAAUGUAUGACUCAAGAGAAAGACAGAAGUUCAUCAGUGAUGCUCAGUAUGUGAGGGAAAUGCAACACAAGAUGGAUUCAGAGUAUCAGGCAUGCCUGAGAAGACAGGAACAAAAUAGAGAACAGACUGAGAGGAAACGAGAGCAACAUGCCAGACAAGAACAGAGACAGAAAACUCUAUCUUCCAUCUAUGCUACACGCAGUUAUGAAAGACCAUGGAUAUCAGGCAUACCAGCUACCAGACAGACUUCUGUAGAUGAGGGUUCUGGCUCUUCCAUCAAGUCUUAUGCAAACAGACCUGAUUCAAAGUUUCCUGCUAUAGAAAAAUCAUCAGGCAAGGAAAAGCAAAAGCCUCCCAUGAGCUCCAGCAAAGUAACUCCAGUUGCCCAGAAGCAGUCAUUAUUAAGGAGGAAGAGAAUGAACCAGGGAAGAUUGUUGGGAAGCACAGACACACAGAAUAUGAGAAAAUUGGACGACAGAGACAGACAGGCCUUGUUGCUGCAGGCAAAGGCACAAGUUGCCAGGGCACCUGAUCUUGGAGUGACAAAUGAAACUACGCUCACAAACAGGAAGAGAUCUCAAGAGAGAAGGAAUUUAAUGCAGUCUUCUAAGCUAAAUCUUGAUCGUAAAGGUCUAAACAAAGACAGCAAAAUAGGAAGUGUCCUUUCACAGGCUCAGCAGUCUCCAACUUGGUCAUCAGCACCUACCUUGCAGGGAGCUCAUAGUUCUCUCUCAAAUGAGUCACAUAGUCCAUCCCUUACACCCACCAAAAUGGCCCCUUUGAGGUUUAGAGGUGAAAACUUGUAUUCUAUGUUUUGCUUAAACAUGGAAGAUUCCUGUGAAGAAAAUGAUGCUACAGAUGAUGUAUUAGAGAAAGAAUUCCUUUCUUUCAAUCUAAAUCACUCUCUUACACCUCGAGGACAAAUUAGCAAAUUCAAUGGAUCAUCCUUGGCACAAGAUGAACAAUGUAGCUCUGUAGAAACUGGAGAUGACAGAAGCACUUCAGCAAGAACAGUUGAAUCUUCUCAUCAACCAUUAAGACAACAUAAUGUAAUGGAUACAGCUAUGGAACAGUCUUCAUUAAGACGAAGAAACUCUAGGGACCACGUAAAGGCUUACACUUCAGAUGGGAAUUCUUCUGAAGGUGCUGAUUGCAAUAAAAAUGAAAUUCCAUUAUUUAGUUCAAGAAGCCCACGAGCUGAGAGCAGACCAGGCAGUGCACCUGUUGAGGAGACUCUUAACAUUAGCGCUAUAGAUAAGCCUAGUGUCAGUGUUUAUAACAGAGACCUGCAAGCCUAUGAAAGCAGUCAGAGGCGUUAUACUGAUCUCCUUACUUCUGCAAGGUCAACAGUUCAUAGGCCAUUAUUAUAUUCUGCAUACAAUACUCCAAGAUCAUUAAUUCAGUCUACACACAGAGCUGAGGUCCCAACAAAUUUGAGCUCGACAACCUCUCAAGUAGCGGAUUUGGAUGGAAGUUCAAGGUUUAAUGUUCGUAGGCCUUUAACUCCUAUAAGAAGUAGAGAUUCAUUAUCGGCUACAGAAAGUUAUGAAUCUUCAACACCUAUAGUCAGUGUACCCGAAGACAAUAGCCUACUGGAGGAUAAUAUAGAUAAUGGUUUAAAGAGUACAUCUCCAAAUGCUCCCUUACAUGAUGAAGAGAGCUUACUAAAUUCACAUAGUUCUUUUUUAUCUAUAGAUUCUUCCAACCCAUCUUUGUUUCAAACUAAUUUCACAGCCCACCUUCACAUGGCUGGCGCACUACAUGAUCAAUUACCACUUGCUUUAAUUGCAGUGUCUGAUUUACAAAAUCCAAGUAAUGCUAUGAGUAAUAUUGAAGCAUAUGAUACUACAAGUACAAAGGAAAACAAAAAUGCAGACCCAGAAAAGCUUAAGAAACUACAGGAGAGUCUACUAGCAGAAGACUCAGAAGAGGAAGGAGACCAAUGUCGUAUAUGUCAGAUUGCUGGGGGCUCCUUAACCAAUCCACUGGUAGAACCAUGCGGCUGUGUAGGAACUCUACAAUUUUUAUACAGGCAAUGUCUGAUUCAAUAUUUAAUUCUUCAUUUAAUUUUAGGUGCUGAGUUGGGGGCAGUGAAAACCUGUGAACUGUGUAAGCAGGGUCUGAUAACUGAUCUGGAUGAUUUUGAUGUGAAUGACUAUUACAGAAAUCACCAACAGUCUCGGGCACAAAGCGAGCUAAUGAAUUCAGGUCUCUACCUUGUGCUGCUUCUUCACCUUUAUGAACAGAGGUUUGCAGAACUCAUGCGACUAAACUACAACCAAGCCAAUAGCGACAGGAUUCAGAGUCGGGGAACAAUGGAUAAAAGAAUGCUUACCAGAUUGUCCAGUGAAUUUGGAAUAUGGCAGAGGCUUUUAUAUUGAAUACCUUUCUCUGUGUGUUUUAAACUUUUUUUUUUUUUAGUCUUGCUCUACAACAAACUAAAACAAGCGUGUACAUGUUAAACUGGCCGUUUCAGGGGUCUUUUACUGUCUUUAAAAGUAGAAACACCAAUUGAUAAUUACUUUAAAAUAACAUGAAACAAAGCAGCUAGUAGUGAAGAAACCAUGCUGGUUCAACUGAUUAUAUCCUAAAACUGCUGUCCAUAACAGAAAACAGCUGUAGGCACUUUGUGUUUUUGCCUGACCUUCUGUAACCUUUAGAAUAAGAAGUUACAGAAAUGCAUGUUGUGCUUCGUUGUGUACUCUGGACCACAUAUUACAUAUUCAUUUUAUGAUUCAGAGUCUGGUGGGUUUGUACAGUAAAUUUAAAAGAUCAUUAUAUAUAGCUUACACUGGAAUCGUCUCUAGCGCACUUGUACAUUUACUGAUUUACUGUAUGUGAUGACAAACCUAUUAGUGUAUUGCUUCCAGCUUGAGUGGGACAAACUUUUAGUAAAAUUAUUUUAUUCACCCCU